UUUUUUUUUUGCUGUAUUUCUAAUCAUUUGUCAGCCCAUGUUUAUAUAUAUAAGCAAUAGAUUGUAACCUCAAAUUGUAUUACAACAUGUCUACUCGCUUACCUGUUUUCUUCAUUUCUCAUGGUGGUCCUAAUUUAUUAGAAGACCAAGCAAAACCUGGUAAAUUCUAUUCAUGGUUUGGCAAAUACCUCCAAGCAUUAAAGCCAAAGGGUAUUGUGAUUAUUAGUGCCCAUUGGCAAGGACAUGGUCACAGUGGUAUUUAUGUUGACACUUCUGAAAAGCCUAAAUUAAUUUAUGAUUUCUACAACUUUCCCAGACAUUAUUAUCAACAACAAUGGGACCAUCAAGGAUCUCCUGCUCUUGCUGACCGUGUCUUGAGCUUAUUGAACCAUGCUGGUGUUGCUGAAGCAAAAGGCAAGAAAUAUGGUAAUGAUCAUGGUGUUUGGGUUCCUUUAAAGCGUGCCAUGGAAUCCAAUCCAGACAUACCUAUUGUAGAAGUAUCUACUUUUGAACAUGAAGAUAUGGACAUGCAUGUCAAAAUGGGUGAAGCAUUGGCCCCUUUAAGAGAAGAUGGUAUUGUCAUCAUUGGCAGUGGUAGUGCUGUUCAUAAUUUAUCUACACUCUGGACAUAUGGCGAUAAACCUUCUCCCAAGUAUGUGGUUGAUUUCGAUAAGGAUUUACAAGACAUUGCUUGUCGAUAUGUUGGUAAAGAACGUUGUGAGAAAGCCAUUCAGUUAGAUCAACAUACUGCCUUUAGAAGAUGUCAUCCUACAGCUGAGCAUCUUGUUCCUUUUCAUGUAGCUGUAGGCGCUGCUGGUGAAGAUAAGGGAAGAAAGUUGAUUACAGACUUUUUUUCUACCAUUAGCUGGGGAUGCUUUGGAUUUGGUUUACCUCAAGACGUUGUCCUUCCUGAAUAUAAUUAAAGUUUAUUUAAGCAUUAAAGUUACAAACAACAGCAUAAGUUUGAUCAUCAAUCACUGCUUCCACACGAAGUUCCACUUCACCAAAAUACAUCUGAAAACAUGAGUUUAGCAUUAAUAGAAAAAUAUAUAAAAAAAAAAAUCUUACCUUGAUAGUCAAAGGAACAGGAUCACCGUGUCUUACGUUAGGCAAGACCGGCAUAGGAAUUUCAAAAUCAAACACUUUUCGUACAUUGACUGUGGGGGUUGAAAUGGUAUAUCUUGGUUCAGUCUCACUAUCAGAAGCAUAGAAUGUACAAGCAGUGUGG